UCCGCCUAUCAGCCUCGCAGCUAUUGGCCCUUGCGCUGCACUUCGUUUUAUCAGUGGAUGGCUCAACGUCAAUCACGACACUUUCAGCAAGUUUGCAUGCACCCGUUAAACGAUCUGGGCUGUUAUGGAUUUGAGACAUAUCUGUCAAAACUGGAUGUGACCCAGUGACCCCUGGUUGCCAGGGAGAGAGCGGUGGGACCAUGGCUGUUGGGGCUACAGUCGGGGAGAGCCAACUCCAGAGGAUUAUCCGAGAUCUGCAUGAUGCUGUUGCAGAGCUUGCAAAGGAGUACAGGGAAAGUGGGGAGCCAAUCACUGAUGACAGUACCAACCUGCACAAAUUCUCCUAUAAACUGGAGUACCUUCUACAGUUUGACCAGAAGGAGAAGUCCACAUUUCUUGGAACAAAGAAGGAUUAUUGGGAUUACUUCAAUGACUGUCUGGCUAAGGUCAAAGGAGCCAACGAUGGGAUCCGUUUUGUCAAAUGCAUCACUGAGCUCAAGACAUCUCUUGGGAAAGGACGAGCAUUUAUACGCUACUCCCUCGUACAUCAGCGGCUGGCUGACACCUUGCAGCAGUGCCUUAUGAACCAGAGAGUGACAAGCGACUGGUACUAUGCAAGAAGCCCUUUAUUGAAGCCCCACCUUAGUGCCGACAUAAUCAGUCACCUGUAUGAACUCAAUGAUGUCCAGUUUGAUGUAGCUUCCAGAGGUCAUGAUCUUGAUGCCUCCUGGCCCACUUUUGCAAGGAGGACACUGGGAAGUGCAAACUCACCUGGCCACAUGUGGAAACCGCCCAGUCGUAGUUCCAGUAUUAACAGUUUAGCCAGCACCUACUCACAACAAGCGCCUGAAUUCCCAUCUAGCCCUGAGUACAGUCAGGGUCUGCUGAAUGACCUGAACGACUCUCUGCCUGCCUGCAAAGAAGAUGCCAGUACAGUUGAAGACCUUCGGUUAGAGUUGGACCAGUCAGAACUAAAGCAGCGAGAGCUGCUAGAUAAGAUGCAGCAGCUGGGCGAGGAGUCUGCUGAGCUCAGGGGGGUAGUCGUGGAGCUCCAGAGGCAACUGGAUGUGUCCCUUUCUGCCCAAGAGGAGCAGCAGGGCUUGCAGGCAGAACUCAAGGCAUUGCAGGGGAGUGAGGCGGUCCUGUCCAGAGAGGUUGAAGUACUCAGAAAUAGGGAAAAGUCCAGGGAGGCUGAACAACAACUGCUUCGGGAAAAGUUGGCAAUUGCUGACGGGAAGAAUAUAGAGCUCCUGGCCAAGUUGGAUGGGGUUCUGAAUGAGAAGGGCCAGCAGGCAGCCAGUUACUUUGAUUCAGCUCAAAAGAUACAUGAAUUGUUGGACAGAUUGAAAGAGGCAGAGAAUGGGAAAAUGGAAGCUGUAGCUGAGUUAGAGGAGAAGAAGAGACAGGCAGAGAGGCUAGAGGAGGAGCUGAGAGUCAAAGAGGCAGCUGCAAUGGAUGGGGAAACAAAACUGGGAGCAUUAGCUGCCUCUGCCUCUGAGGAGAAGGCCAAGUGGGAGGUGAAAGUAGAGGAACAGUGCAGUGCCCUAGAAAAGCUGCAGGGAGCUUUGACAGUGAGAGAGAAGGAGGCGAGCAACCUACAAAUGCAGCUGCAGGACCUCCAAAGAUCUCUAGAGGAGAAGGAAGAAGAGGUGGAGGAGGUGAAAAAGAUGGCACACCGAGAUAAAGAUGAAAUGCAGAAGAAUAUUGGUGGCUUAAAAGAAUCUUUAGAGGCAGAAAUCUCUGCCCUUAAAGAGCAGUUAAAGAGGAAAGAAACAGAGUUUACCUCCAGCUGUGAGACACUACAACAGCUAGAAGCCAAGUACCAAAGCCUGACCAAAGAGAGGGACAAACUUACCACUAACAUUGUUGAGCUAGAAGGUAAUGUCAAAGAGCAAGCCUUGAAGAUAGAAGACUACAAGACACAGUGUGCCAAUCUAAUGGAGAUCAAUGAGAAACUGCUGACCACAGUCAAGAGAAAUGAGGAGCUGAAGAAAGAGAUGGCAGAAAGCAAAACGAUGCUUGAAAAUGAAUUGAUAACUCUAAGGGCUUCUGAGAAACAGCUUCGAGGUCAGCUGGAUGAUGCUAAGAUAACUGUGGAUGAAAAAGAAAAGCGCUUACGUGAGGAGAAUCGCAAGUUGGAUGAGAGUCUGCAGCAAGCCAUCAUAGCUGCAAAACUCUCAGAGACCACAGCAAAGCGGCUGGAACAGGAGAAGCAGAGUCUAAGAGAGGAGCAGGACACUGUGAAAGCAGCUCUUAGCCGCAUGCAAGCUGACCUGAAGAGUGUUCAUGGACAGAUCGGAGAUCUGGAAAAGAACUUAGGAGUUUCGCGCAAGAAUGAAGCAAGCCUCCAAGAACAGCUACAAGCCAAAGAGGCACAGCUGGAAAGUAAAGAGAAGACCCUUGUUGAGCUGCAGUCCAAGUUAAAAGCUCUGGAGGCCAGGGAGAAGGAACUUGAGAGAGCAAAAGCUGAUGCAGAAGCAACCUGUGCUAAACAGACAGAAAUGAUUGAAAGGGUUAUCUCUGAGAAGCAGACGAUGGAGAAAUCUCAACUGGAGAGUAGUGCGGUCCAAGCAAAGGAGAGUCAGGAAGUGAAAAGCAAACUGACAACGGUUGAGGGUCAGUUGGAGAUGAGUCUGAAAGACGUGUCCAGGCUCCAGGCAGAGAUCCUGGACCUCAGGGUGCAAGUAAAGAGGUCAGAGGAGGAAAAGGUAAGAUCACAAGCACAGCUGGAGGUUACGGAGGCCCAAAGGGAUGAGCUCAGGACUCUGACUGAGCAGUUCAAAGCCCAGACAGAGUCACUGAAUCAGACACAUGUAACAGAGCUUAUGGAGUGCAAAAAGAAAGAAGAGGCGCUGACUGAACAGCGUGAUAGAGAAGUAGCUGCCCAUGCUGACUUGGCUAUCUCUGCGGCUGCCAUCCGAGAGGAGCUGUCCAAACUCAAGGCAGAAAAUGCCAGCCUAGCCUCAGAGAACAGCGAGAUCCGUGAGGGUUUGCACAGGGCAAACACAGAGAUGGCGGAGCUGGGGAUGACCAUCUGUAAGCUUACUGCAGAAAAAGAGGAGGUCAGAGAGCAUUGGGAAGGGGACGCUGCCAGGAUCGAAGAGCUGGAGAAAGAGGUGGAGCGAAUAGAAGAGAGCAUGGCAGAACUUCGCCUGGAGAAUGCCAGACUAAGAGAGGAGUUGACACAGAAGGAAAAACUUCCAGAGACUAUCCUGGUGCUCCAGGAGCAGCUGGAAAAGACCAAAAACAACAUGCAGAGCACUCAGGACUCAAUGCGAGAGGAGGUGGACGCCAUCAAGUUCCAAAUGAGCUCAGAGAGCAUGAAUCACCAGGUCCAGAUGAAGAGUGUAAAUGAGCAGCUGGACAAGGUGAAAGCUCAGCUGCAGAAGGAGCUGAAGAGUGUGUCCAGCUUGCAAGCCAAAGUGUCUGAACUAGAGGUUGUGAAUGAGGAGUACUUGCAGCUAACUAGCGAGAAAGACGCCCAUAUCACACAGACAGAAACAACCAUCCGCGAGACUGAGAGCGAGAUUCAGCACCUGAGAGGUGCAGUCAUCAGGGCCGAAGAAGCACACUUUGCUGUGCAAAAGAUGUGUGAGGAACUGAAGCAGGAGCUCAGCACAACAGAAGCUGACAAACAAAGCCAGUGUAUGAAGAUGGCUGCAGAGAUCGAUGACCUCAACAGAACAAAGAUUAUCCUUGAAGAGCGUCUCAUCGAGCUGAUAAGGGACAAAGAUGCUCUGUGGCAGAAGUCAGAUGCUCUGGAGUUCGAGCAGAAACUGCGAGCGGAGGAGCGCUGGUGGUUAGUAGAUAAGGAGGCCUCGCACUGCCUCGGCUGCCAGGGCCAGUUCACCUGGUGGCUGCGCAGACAUCACUGCAGGCUUUGUGGUCGCAUCUUCUGCUACUACUGCAGCAACAACUUUGUGAUGACCAAGCACAGUGGGAAGAAGGAGCGCUGCUGCAGGGACUGUUACACCCAACACAAUGCGGUGGUGGAGAGGUUCACAGAGGCAGAGCUGAGUCCUUCAGACAUUCAGCCUCCUCCACCCGGAGCUGGACCUCAGCCACCUCCUGAACCAGCCCCAUAUAAACCUACUCCCAGGGUAACAGUUUCAGACCCCGGCAACAGAUCUGACGAUGGAGCAUUCGACAUAAUCACUGAAGAGGAAGUUAACGGCGUCUAUGACAGUGACACCACCUCUCAGACCACAGGGGGCUCCCUGGAGGGAGAACAAGACCAGCAGACUCCAGGAGCACUGGAUAUAGGCACAGGAGAUUUGACCCCCGAUGACCCUGAAGAGCAUGUUCCCACUGUUCAGGAUUCAGAAAUCAACCUUCUCAAAUCAGGAGAAGUCACGAUGGCUGUCCACCUCAACAUUGAUGAUAUUACCCAGUUUGGUGAUGGUUCCAGGGAACUCUUCAUCAAGUCCAGCUGUUACAGUUUGAUAACUGUUGCUGUGGGUGACUGCAGGCCAGCCAUCAGCUGGGUGUUCUCUUCAGAGCCUAAGAGCAUCUCCUUUAGUGUGGUUUACAGGGAGUCCACUGAUACUCAGGUGGAACAGGCAAAGGUCCUGAUUCCUCUGACUCGCUGCAGUUCCCAUAAAGAGACAAUCCAGGGACAGUUAAAAGCCCGUCAGCCUGGCUUCUACACACUCAUCUUUGACAACUCCUUCUCACGGUUUAUCUCCAAGAAAGUCUUCUACCAUCUGACCGUGGAGAAGUCCAUAAUCUACGAUGGAAGCGAUUUUCCCUGAAGCUGAAUAACUUAGGCUCCCUCAGAGACAUCAUCAUGGUGUCACUGUGGCAACUUGACAGAAACUGAAGAGAGGGCAAUUCAGUGACUGUUAAUAAUUUGCUCUUUUGUUCUCAAAGCUUAUUUUUAUCCAAGUAUUUUAUGUUUCUAAAAACAUUUGUCUACAUUUACCUAUGUGGUGGUAUUGUUAUGAGGUGUGCUCAUGUUUUUAAAAUGGCCUAAGUGACGUGCUGUCAACAAGAUGAAAGAGGUUUUAGACAGAAAGAAGAGCGUUUACCCAAGUUUUAUCAUGUCUUUUUAAGUACACACCAAGUAAUAUACAUACCUUUACUUUAGCAAGUUAAAUUAAGUUAUUCAGUUAGAGAAAUGUGUAAUAUUAUUAUUUCCCUUUGUAAUUUUUGUUGGUCUUAGUUUUGGUUUGGCCUUUCUUUCCCCACAUAACUUGAUUUGUUAGGGAAUGCAGCUUCCUGCAACACUAGUAACACUGCUGAUUUGAAAUAUGAUGACGGUUGUCAGAUGGCAGAUGGCAAAUAUUUAUCUGCAAAAGCUGUUUAUGAAGACCCAGGAAAGAUUUUUGAAAUGUAGAAAAUCGUGGUCAGUUUAAAAUAUUUCAGGUGUUGUGCAAUCUUUUAAAUCAAAUGGCCUAAUGAAGCAGAGAAAGUGCAGAUGAGUGGCUUUCCAGUGACUUGUUUGUGAACCAACUUGUGUGAAUGCAACAAAGCAGUAACUUUUGACUGACCUAGACAAAUACACUUUCCGUUUGAUAGCAGUGCACUUUGUGCGAAUCUCAGGAGUGGAACAUAACAUUGUUCUCCGAUGAUAGGGUGUCCUAAUUUUCAUGUUUUUGGAAAACUGGAAAAAAAGAAAAGAAAAAUUGUCAUCUUACUUUCUGUAAGGAGACCUACAAACCAGCUUUCUCCAUCCAGUUCAUUAUAUGAUCGAAUGAUACAGAGUGCCUGUCCUUACACAGGUUGACUUUGUGUCAUUACAAUGACAAUCAGUUAAAGUAAAUUUAAUGACUGUCCGUUAGCAACUAUCCUUUCCAAGUGCCUAUUAAAUCUGCCAGGAAUUAGUUUGCUUUUCUAAUAGUACGUUUUGCUUUGUUAUCCGCACAGAACGUGACAUUUAGCAUUCUGUAAUAACUUAGUUUGAGUGAAAUUUAAGUCAAUAUGCACAGUAUAUUUCAGUCAGUUGAAAUGAUUUUUCUGUUUGGAUUUCAUCUGGCCUGUUUAAGAAAAAAAUAAGCAAUAAGAAAAAAGCGAGCUUGGUCACUUUGGGACACAACCAUUCAUUGAAGCAAAAAACUUAUCUCUGCUGCUUUUUAGAGAUCUGUUUGUUUCACACUCAGAUCUCUUUUAUAUUUUUGAUGGGUGUAAGUAAAUUGGUGCAAUUUGUAUGCAAAGUCUCAUAUUUUCUCAACAGAGCUGCACUUUGUGAUAAUUUUAUAAAUUCUUACAAGUAAUAUUAAAUCUGUUACGUUUACAUGAUUGUUGUCAAAGAAUUCACUCAGAGAGAGAUUUUUUUCUACUUGAAGGAUAAUUUUGCAGGAGUAAAUUGCACAUGAAUCAUCACUACACGCAGUGAGUGUAACUAAUACACCUGUCAAACACUCAGUAAACACGAAUAAAAUGGGAGAGUGAUGAUGCCUCCGACAUCCACUGA